AAACUUUCUCUGGGGUUCAUUCACUGAGGUUUGGACUAGAAGGAAAAGAAACCGGCAGGAGGAAUGGAUUGUACAAGCUCUACAUCAUCUGCAUGGCUCCUGGUUUAUGUGGCAAUGACGGCAAUUGCAGUCGUGUGGUCAGCGCCGACAUCUCCCCAUUAUUCUUUAACCAGUCAGACUAAAGGAGGUCUUGAGAAUGUGGCAAACGUCUUAAUAACAGAGGCAAACAAGCUAUACUCUGAGAUCUGCAAAACUCCCAACCUGUGUGGUAGUAGUGUUGAACACAUCCUGAGAAUGGACCUGAAACUCCCAGAAAUUAAAGAUAUUGAGUCUGGAUGUCUGAGCACAAAAUUCAAUAAGGAAAAAUGUCUGCCUAAAAUAUACAGUGAUCUCCUGAAGUUCCAGACAUAUCUGGAUUUUCUAAAAGAAUCUAUGCCAAGCCAUCAAAACAUCAUUGAGUUUAUACAAGUCAAGUCCAUCUCCUUGGCAAAUGCUAUCAAACACCUGGCAGAAAAUCCAUCCGAAGACAAGGAAGACACCGCUCCUGGCAUUACAGUGGCUGAUUUAAGGUCUAAUAAUACCUGGAACCAGAAUCUAACAAGCUACAUCAUCCUGCAGUCCUUCAAGGAGUACAUGGAGAAGACAGCUCGGGCUGUACGUAACAGUUUGAAGGCCUCUAAAUGAACACACUCAACCCACAUUACUACCAAGUAGUGAAGAUCCGCUGUUCUAUUUUCUGAACAUUUACUGUGAUUUAUGUUGCUAAAUGUUAAUUAUUACAUUUAUAAUCUAUUCUCUUAUUUAAAUAUUUAUUUUCAUGGUAUGGUUAAUAAUUAUGUUGACAUAUUUAUUUUUAUAUUACUUAUAUGUUCCAUGUUAUCAUUGCAACUUGUCAAGUCCUUGUCCACACUUUUGCCUAACAAGGAGAUAUCUGUGGUCAAUAUGUUCACACUAAAUGUUUGUAUAUAGGCAAAUUCUCCCAAAGUAGAUGUCAAUCAUAUCUAUAGACUUCUAUGCCAAAAGGGUGCCUUUUUGCCAUUCAUUGGCUUUUAUGCUUUGCACUGUAAAGCCUCAUGCACCCAACCGUAUUUUUGGUCCCUAUCUGGUCUGCAUUUUCUGCAGAUUGGACACAUUCAUUUCAAUGGGUCACCAUGUGCUGUCUGCAUCCGUACGUCUGGUAAAGAUAGAACAUGUCAGAUUCUUGUCCACUCAGCCGGUAUCCCUGCUUUGCGGAUUGUCGAUUUGCAGACCACAAAACACUUAUGGUUGUGUGCAUGGGGCCUAAUAAAAACCAUGGCAGACUACACCUUUCAAUAGAAAGGAAUAUCAAUAGGCAACAUAUGGCACACAGUUGCAUAUGUCAUACAUUUAACAUCAUCCAGGCAUAUAUACUGUACCUAUCAUGCACUGCAAGCACAGUGUGAACUGAGCCAUAGGACCACAGAGUGUGAUAUCACACAAGUAGUAUUUUCAAUGAAAAUAACAUCAGUAUUGAUAUUAUAUUAGUAUAUUAGUUGCAGAUUUGUAAUUUAUUUGUUAUUUGCAUAUUGUAUUUUUUGUUAUUUAUUCUUGUGUCUAUUUAUUGAAU